AGUCUUGCCAAUGUGACAGUCUCCAUGUGACCAUAGACGCCAGUGUUUGUUUUAUGAGAUUAAACCAAAGCAAAUGUGACUCUUACUUUCUUGUGAUAAGUUCACAAUUCGCUGUUUAACACCAGUACGACAGUCUCUGUCUGUAAUAGGUUUGAGACACGAGUCUAUACACCAGGCCAACGAAAAGGAAUGAAAUUAAUAACGUGAGUAUGACUUUGUUGCGUGUGUCAAGUUCGGGGGCUGCUGUAACGACUUUAUUGAACCAACACAGAUCAUUACGGGUGGGAACUGUACAAUUUCCUGCGUUGACAAGGUAGGCGGAGUAUUGGUGACAGAGACGAUCGCCUUUCUGUUUUGAGUGCUAAUUUUCCGACUUCACACUUCUUGUCAUUCUCCACAGUCUCCAGUUGGUAGUCUCACUGCCGCUUGUUUAGACUCCAAGGGGGCAGCUAAACAAUGUCAACCCGGGAAUUAGUGACAAGGGAACUUUUGCUACGUGAGAUCGUUAUUCAAGGAGGAGCUUCGCGCGGAUUGAUGACUCCACCGCGGUUGGCGGAUGGAUGAAAAGCGCGCGAAAAGAAGGGACCAAAAAUUAUUUAGUCAUCGCGAUUACUCGAUGAAUGUGAUCUUUAGUUCGUCUGCUCAGCCGAUCGCGUCUUAGCUUGUGCCUUAUUCCCUCCCAAGACUCGGAGUGCUUCGCACUAUGACUUCAUAACUGUGAUAUUUUCAGAAAAGUGACAAAUAAACAAUCACUGACUAUUGUUUUUCAGCGAGAUUAUGACGAAUGACUUGUUAACUGCCAAUCAUUUUUUUUUUCAAAGGCAUGAUUGGAAUGCGACAGCUUUUUGACAGUUAACUUUACUUUACUGAUAUCUUCAGCAUCUUGGAACCCUACAGCUCUCUUGCCGGUCCCCACUGUUCCUGAAAAUUGCACAUCACUCUUGGAUUAUAACGAGAAGAAGGACGUCUUUUUAAGGACCUAGGUAGCUCUAUGUUGUCAGUUAUGUGUCAAAUUACCUUUGGAGGGAAAUGGACUUAACAUUCAUCGGGUCAUCAUGAGCUGAUGUAAGCGGAGUAAUUGUGUUUUGGCUUGUCCGAUAUUUGCCUGGCGCUUCAUCGAAUUUCCUGUCUUCACAUUAACCCCUGUGGACCUGCCUAUUUCCAAUUUAAGACAUCGGAAGUUUCUUUUCGUUCUUAUUAUGUAAGAUGAUUUAGCAGCUAACGAAUGUAAAUGCGGCAUUGUGUCUUUGAAUCCUAUGCAUUGAUUGUGUAUACAAAUAUCAAGGACUGAUGUAGUAUUUUUCAGUGACGGAUGCUAUUAUUUAAAUGAGUAUAUAAAAAAAAUCAGUAGUGUCUUGUAAAAACAUAUCUUAAAAAAUGGAGAACAAUAGUCGAAGUGUCGACGGUGAUUUGGAUAGCCUCGUCAUCAAAAUGGACGACGAAUGCGAGUUCAAUGGAGAUCGCGACGUUGAAAAGGAUGGCUACGGCGACCUCGACAACGAUGGCGUCGUCGAUGACGCCGACGAGACAGGGCCUGGACCAACUCCGAUCAGUACUAUUAGCACAAGACGGGAGAUAAACCAACACGACCACGACUGCAUACCGGUGGAGAAAAUUGAAAAUUACACGGACAUGGUCUUCGCGCUUUGUUUGACAGCUUUGAUAUUUCCAUUAGCGACCUCAACGAACCAUUAUGAAGUAGCAGAGGAUUUGAGAGACAUCCUUGCCCAAGAGUUCGCCAACAUCGUGGUUUACGCUGGAUCGUACAUCAUGCUACUAUCUGUAUGGCAACAACAUUGCUGGGUUUUUGCAGGAUUCGAACAAAUAGGGGAUACGAUCUCUAUCUUGAAUGUGGUGUUUCUUUUGUGUGUCAGUUCACUGCCGUACUUCGCAUCCUUUAUGGCAUCUCAUCGGAGCACCCCACUCUCUGUGCAGCUUUUUGCGUUCAGUCUUAUGCUCAUUGGGCUCACAAUGGCAGUGAUUGUAGCUUUCGCAUACAGGAAGAAAAAGAUGCUGAUUCGCGAGUUUCGUCAGAGGAGAUAUAAACCUUCGCUUGUGGAGUACCUGUUAGCCUUUGGUAUUCACUCGUUAUUUUCAGCAUUAGCAGUGGCGGUUUCACGUCAGAGUGUUCUAGCGUCGUACAUCUUUCUUUUAUUCGUUAUAUUUGCUGGAUCGAGUUCAGCGCUCUGCAUGGCCCUUUAUAAGUACUUGUUCGUUGGUUCUAAGCAGCAUCGUAAGUUAUGGAAGCAGUUUUGGGCUCGGCUCUCAGCCCGACCCCUCCCUAAGACAAGAAUAAUAGCUCUUAUGGAUGGAGUCUUCGCAGUCGUUGGAAUGCUCAUAAUGCUAAAUUUAAUAGGCGAGAUGGCGCCGCAUCACAAGCUGGAUGCAUCGAGGAGCUCUCGACCCCUCGACUCUCGGCUCAAAGUCAUUCUGUUUCAGGAGAGAGAAGUUCUCUUGGCUCACGGGGCAGCCUUUGUGUCUACAGGAAUGAUGUGGUAUAUACACACCAUGAUUUCUAAUCAAGUCGAAACGAUAAGUAGAUAUAUGCGGAUCGCUUUGCAAUUGAUGAUGAUUAGUCUUGGUCUGACGCCAUACAGCUUUAGGCUUCUCAUCAGAUAUUCAAAAUCAGCAAGAGAAGAGAAAUCAUUACGUGAGAAUGAGGAUACUACAAUUAUGUUUCAUUGUGGCCUUUUGAUUUGUGCAUCGGGAAUGCAACUGAUCUAUUGGAUUUCCGCCCAUUGGAAAAGACAUAGGCAUCGUGUUCAUCAGAUCCUUGGGGUACAUCAUGUAAAAUCAUUGACCCUGUUGCUGGUUUUCCCUAUACUCAACUUGACACUGUUUCUAAUGGUGUUAAAACCGGGAACAGUAACUUCCAUGACAGUAUGGAGGGUUCAGUCUGGUUCGGUGCUUAUUUUCCUGGCUGUAAAAAUGGUGUUCGAAAUUUACACUUAUGUUUCAAGACGAUCUCCACCACCCAAGUAUGAAUCGCAAACCUCGAGGGAUGAGGAUCUCGUUAAACUUGAAAGCAAGACAUGCACUUGUGACCGCGCCGCCAUCAAGAAAGCCAAGAAGAGCAUCAAAGACGUGACACGAACUUCUGGCAUCGCUGUAAUAUUCCAAGAUAACCAUGACAACGGUGAAGCGUAAGAAUGACGUCAUCGCGACGGAUUGGGAUU